UCAGCGUACCAGUCGGUCCGUCGCCGUCCGUUUAAUGCGCUCCGCGUCGUCGUCCACACACACACGGCCGCCACCGACGUCGUCUCAGAUAACGCGCGCGCGACGACGACGACGACGACGACGACACCGUCGACCGCUAUCGGCGACCGUACGCACAGUGCGGUGCACGCUAUCGCACCGCUCCAUCGCCGUCCGCACGUCAGACGCCAGUCAGCGGCGUGCCGUCGCGUUACGAAUCCGCCACCAGCUCCUCGGCCGCUGUGUCUCGUGUGUCCGCGUAGCGCAUCAUUACCAGUGAGACUUUUGGCGUUUCGUGGCCACCGUUUUCAUUGCUGCCCGCGAUCAUGCGUACGGCGUGAGCAGGAGUUUCUCCACGGUGUCCGCGCGAACCCGCACACAACGGCGACUCGACCAAAGCCGUCGUCGUCACGAUGCCUUGAAUUCUAGUAUGGAAAUCUUCAAGGUGAAUUCCAAACAUAAAGGAAAUAAUUUGACACGUCAAUAUGGAACCAGUUGUGGAAGAAGUAAGAGACAUUACUGUUCGAAAAGUAACACGAUGGUGUUGUUCAACAAUUAUGGUAUUCGGAGGAGUAGUACCAUACAUUCCACAAUAUCGAGAAAUAUACAUCAAACAAGAUGCAGAAGGCUUCUCAAUGUAUGUAUGUCUUGCACUUUUAGUUGCGAACACUUUGAGAAUAUUAUUUUGGUUUGGUAAACGUUAUGAGCUUCCAUUGCUAUUCCAAAGCAUUGUAAUGAAUAUUAUGAUGUUACUUAUGAUACACUUAUGUGUAAAAGUUCGUAAUAAAACACAGUUAAUCAGAGGACCAGACAGAUAUUUUACUGAUUUUGACUGGCAUUACUUUUGGCAAUGGACAGACUUUCAGUCGUACAUAGAUUUUUUAAUCGCUAUGAGUAUUUGUCUUUCCAUCAUAACAUUCAUAUUUCUGCACAAUGUUAUAUUUAUUGAAAUUAUUGGAUUUCUUGCUCUCCUAACUGAAGCCAUGUUGGGUGUUCCUCAAUUAGUCAAAAACUUAAGAAAUCGAUCUACAGAAGGAAUGAGUGUUACAAUGGUAUUACUUUGGACAACUGGAGAUGCAUUUAAGACUUGUUACUUUGUAAGUCGAAAAGCGCCUCUACAAUUCUGGAUGUGUGGCACACUUCAGGUUAUGAUAGAUCUGACAAUACUCGGUCAAGUAGUCUGGUACCGUAAUGAACCACCCUAUAAAAUUCCUCGAAUAGACUGAUCUGUAAAUUGAUUAUCUCGAUAUAAUAUUUUUUAAAUUUUCCAAGCUAAGAUUGUUAUUAUCAUUGUUAGAUCUUCUAAUCUCAUAUUAGACAUUGAUCGUAGGUUGUUAAUGUUUGUUUAUUUAGUGAAUUUUAUUUAUUUAUUUAUUUAUUUAUUUUUACCGUAUCAGUUAGUUGUAUAUUCAUCAAUAUUUUAUUAAACUUUAUAAUAAUGCAUCAACCUCCAUCAAUUGUAUUUACUAUAGACUGUUAAAAAUAAGAAUAUACUAUUAAAAAUAUUGUUUGAAUGAUUUGAUUUUAUGAGAAUUCCACAACCAAUAAUGUGCACAAUUGUAAUUGAAACAAAUAUAUCAUCACAUGUUAUUUUAUAAAUUUUAGGGCAUUUACUUUCAAAAUAGUUUUUGUUAAAUAGACAGAAAUCUGUAUUGUGCCUACACUGAUUAAAUUAGAGACUAGAUCAAUAUAUAUAUUUUGUUAUAUUUAAGGACCAUCACUUGGUCAUAAUAUUGACUUUACUACCUUAUAUCUAUAAAAUAUUAGUUUAUCUAUUUAAUAGUUAUUGUGAAUAAUCUGUUGAUACUUUAUAUUGUUU